UGUGUGUGUGUGUGCGGGUUCUGAUCUGGCUGAAGUUUGCUCUUGUCUCUGUUCCUGUUUGGAUGAUAAUUUCGACGCAUAUUGAACUUCGGUAGUUAGGAAACCCUCUAUAUCUUCACGAGUUCAGAAGACAAAGAUUAAUCGCACAAAUGGUGAAGUUUACCUCAAAGUUUUUGAAUGACAAUGUGGACUACAGGUCUGUUUUGAAACUGAAUCUGGGUCAUUAAAGUAGUAAAUCCUCCAGUCCGACAGCAUGGAUCCGCUGGCCCGGUCCGGAGGGGAGAUUCAGCGCAGAAACCCACAGCAUGACUUUGAGCUGAUCCAGAGAGUUGGAAGCGGAACAUAUGGAGACGUGUAUAAGGCUCGAAAAAUCUCCACAGGAGAGCUUGCAGCAGUGAAGAUCAUCAAACUUGAGCCUGGCGAUGAUUUCUCAAUCAUCCAGCAGGAGAUUUUCAUGGUGAAGGAAUGCACCCAUCACAAUAUUGUGGCUUACUUUGGCAGCUACCUCUGCCGUGAAAAGCUGUGGAUUUGCAUGGAAUAUUGCGGUGGAGGAUCAUUACAAGACAUUUACCAUGUUACGGGUCCACUAUCCGAAGCUCAGAUUGCUUAUGUGUGCAGAGAGACGUUACAGGGUUUGGGGUAUUUGCACUCCAAAGGGAAGAUGCACAGAGACAUCAAGGGGGCAAAUAUUCUGCUCACAGACAAUGGAGAUGUCAAAUUAGCGGACUUUGGAGUUGCCGCUAAAAUAACAGCCACAAUGGCGAAAAGGAAAUCCUUCAUUGGGACGCCCUACUGGAUGGCUCCAGAAGUUGCUGCAGUGGAGAAGAACGGAGGUUAUAAUCAUCUGUGUGAUAUCUGGGCUGUUGGGAUCACAUCCAUUGAACUGGCAGAACUACAACCUCCCAUGUUUGACCUCCAUCCUAUGAGGGCGUUAUUUCUCAUGUCUAAAAGCAACUUCCAGCCACCUAAGUUAAAGGACAAGACUAAAUGGUCUACAGCCUUUCAUAAUUUUGUCAAAAUUUCUCUCACAAAAAACCCGAAGAAGAGACCAACAGCUGAGAAGCUGCUUUCGCACUUAUUUGUGGGUCAGACAGGUUUGACUCGACGGUUAGCCUUAGACCUGCUCGAUAAGAUGAACAAUCCAGAUAAUCACCAGUCACCCUUCAGUCAGGGAGAUGAAGAUGACUUUGAGCCACUUGCAGAGCGACACACCAUCCGCUCCACUCACAGCCGAAGCGCCCGUGCUGAAAGAACCCAGUCACAGAUCAACUUUGAUAAGCUUCAGUUUGAGCCCCCUUUAAGGAAAGAGACUGAAGCGAGUGCCGAGAUGGAUGUGACUAAAGACAAUGAUUUCCCAUCCCCCUGGAGCCCGUUUACAGAUGGUCCCAUCACCUCCAGAGGUCAUUUGGCUCCAUUAGAAGAUGCUUUUGAGGAUGUUGAUCUUUCAACACUUGCAAAGGGAACACCGCCACCUCUUCCUCCUAAGCCAUCUCAGGCUCGGUCGAGUAGUGUGUCUGAUGAGUUCGGUUUGGCCGAUGGCUGUCAGACGGUGCGGCGGUUUCCAGGAUCUGAUAAUGGGCCAGUGCCGGUGGCCCGCAGACAGAGCACACCUGAGAGAGGGAGCAACGCGGAGCACACAAAUUCAGACUAUCUGUCUGUGAGCGUCAGCAGCCCUGGACUGCUCUCACACACCACAGACCACGAGGAAGAUUCAGACGGAAGUGUAAAUGGAGACGUUUCAAAGUCGCCUCCUGGUCGGCCACAGAGGAAAGAGAGAAAAGAUUUCCCUGUAAGUAAACCUGCUAUUAAUGGCCUGCCGCCCACUCCUAAAGUCUUGAUGGGAGCUUGUUUCUCGAAGGUUUUUGACGGUUGUCCACUUAAAAUUAACUGUGCCACAUCAUGGAUUCACCCAGAUACCAAAGACCAGUAUCUGAUAUUUGGCACUGAAGAUGGCAUCUACACUCUCAACCUGAACGAGCUGCAUGAAGCCACCAUGGAGCAGCUGUUUCCCCGACGGUGCACAUGGCUGUACAUAAUCAAUAAUAAUCUGAUGUCAUUAUCAGAAGGGAAGACGUUUCAGUUGUAUUCGCAUAAUCUGAUUGGGCUGUUUGAGCAGCUCAGGAAACCUGGACUGGCCACUCAGUUUCACACCCACAGAUUCCCUGACAAGAUACUGCCCAGGAGAUUUGCUCUUACCACCAAGAUCCCAGACACCAAGGGAUGCCACAAGUGUUGCAUUGUGCGGAACCCAUAUACAGGCCACAAGUAUCUCUGCGGAGCUUUGCUGUCUGGGAUUGUUUUGCUGCAGUGGUACGAACCCAUGCAGAGAUUCAUGCUUAUAAAGCACUUCGAUUUCCCAUUGCCCAGUCCUCUGCGUGUGUUUGAGAUGCUCGUGGUCCCGGAGCAGGAGUAUCCUCUGGUGUGUGUGGCCGUUAGUCAGGGCUCAGAGCCGGGGCAGGUGGUUCGCUUUCAGACCAUCAACCUCAAUUCCUGCUCCUCCUGGUUCACUGAAGUCGGAUCAGGUGGUAACCAGGUUGAUGCAAUCCACGUGACGCAGUUGGAGAGAGACACCGUACUUGUGUGCCUGGACAAGAACGUCAAAAUCGUGAACUUGCAUGGAAAGCUGAAGUCUAAUAAGAAACUGGCAUCUGAGCUGAGCUUUGAUUUCUGUGUUGACUCCGUAGUGUGUCUCCAGGACAGUGUUUUGGCCUUCUGGAAACAUGGGAUGCAGGGGAAGAACUUCAAAUCAAAUGAGGUCACACAGGAGAUUUCAGACCCAAGCCGAGUGUUCAGACUCCUGGGAUCUGACAGGGUCGUUGUUUUGGAGAGCCGGCCUACGGAUAACCCCACCGCUUACAGCAACCUCUACAUCCUGGCAGGACACGAGAACAGUUAUUAGCUCCACCUUCUCUGAGCCGCUGCUGGAGCAUUUGUUUCAGACCCACACCGACGCUGGACAACCACAGCUGAGCUGAUGAGCAGACUGUGUUUAGUGCGAAAUCUCACUGCAGUCUUAUGCAAUAACACUGCCCACCUGCCAGAGACCCCAGACGUCAAACAAACAAACAUAAUCAAACAUCAUGCAGUUCAACAACAGCCGAUUUCUGCAAAUCAAGCAAGCUCUGCAUUCAAUAAUCGUUUGUUUUUUAACCCUAUUAAAUGUAAUCAUUCUAAACAUUUAAACCAAUGUUAAAGGUGCAGAGCUAGACCAUUGAGUUCGCAUUGCAGCUCAGAAAGUGCCAUAAUAAGGGAACGGUUUUAAUAAACGUAAUUAACUUCGGAGGUUUUUGUUAACCGGGAUUUCAAAUGUCAGGCUUUUAAUGCCUGCUUAAUGGGAAGAGCUUUGGGAAAGUGAGUGAGUGAGAGUUAUUUAUUCAGCCGAGUCGUGCGAGUGAAGCAUCUCGCCCUCAUGACUCUGAGUGAAUAUUUUUCUGCUGCAGGUCAUUUUUUUUUUUCUUUGUGUGUAGCUUUUACUUCCUCCAGUUUCUGAGUAAUAUUUUAAUUUUAUCAGUUACCGCUUUUAAAAGUAAGUUUAAUUCGAUACUUGCACCGUGUAAGCACUUUUGUACAUGUUUCUUUUUGUAUUUAAAAAUGACAAAACAUGGGAGAUGCGAGGUUACUGUGAUAUCUCAAGUGUUUCCGUUGCUUUAGUUGUAAUGUAUGCAGCUUUUGUAAUAAAAUGACAACUUGUUAACA